AUGUUUAAUAGUAGUCAUUUAUAUGAGAAGAGACCUUUAAAAAAACUCAGGAUCGGCCCACCUGAUGUAUAUCCUCAGGAACCUAAACAAAAAGAGGAUGAGUUAACUAGCGUUAACGUUAAACAUGGUUUUCCUACUAUGACACAUUUAAGUGAUGAAUUUGGAACAGCAAGAAAUUGUCCAGUUACUGCAAAUAAAGUGGGAGCCUAUUUUAAUGCUAUUAUUAAUCGAAAAGAAGAGCUUAGUAUGAUGCAUGAUUCAGGCAGAAAACGUCAACAAAUAAAUGCAAAAGAUAACUUUUGGCAUGCCACUGUACGCACUAAAAAUCAUAUUGAAGCAUGGUUUAAAGAUCUCGCUGCAAAUAAGCCAUUAAUGAAUUUGUCGAAAAAAGCACCAAAUUUUAAUAAAAAAGAGGAAAUAUUUAUGAUGCUUACUGAAUAUCAAGUACCUAUGAUGAGAGCUGCAUGGUUUAUUAAAUUAAGUUCAGCAUAUACCGUGGCUGCUUCAGAGGCUAAAAUUAAGAAAAGACAAAUGUCUGACCCCACAACUGAGUGGACUAGCACAUUAAUUAAGUUUCUAAAAGACCAAGUUCCUAAGUUGCAAGAAUAUUAUUCACAAACUGAUAAACCUCCUGUUAAUGCAACUUUAACAACAUUAGCUAAUAAUGAAACGGAACAAAAGUUAGCGUUAAGACAUUGGAUUUACUGUAGUAGAUUAUUAAAGUAUAUGUACGAGGAAGGUUUAAUAGAUAGACAGGAAGUAUUGACAUGUAUUAUUGAAUUAUUAGAAAAACAUGAUAAACCUAAGAGCCAACCACAAGAAGAUGGAAUUUUAAGACUGCUAUUACCAAUCACAUUGCAGUAUUUAGAUGAAUAUGUUCAGUCUGAAUUGUUAUCAAGGAGACUUGCACAUUUUUGUACAAAAAAACUUAAUUUUAUGUUAAACAAUGUUGCUGAUACCAAUAUAAUUACUUCACCCCCGAGUGAAAGUAAAACUGAUAUAAAAGAAAAUGAAAAAGAUGUGAAGAAGGAGAAUGUAGCACCCAAUCCUAUGCAGAGUACCUUAAAUGAAUAUCAGAAUUGUUCUUAUCAUAGAGAUAUGGUUCUCCAACUUAGUACCAUAAUUCAUACAGUGUGUCUCGAAUGCCCUACAGCCUUAGUAUGGUGUCCAACUGGAACUGGAACACAAUGGCAUGGUUCUCCUUUAGACCAUAUACCUACAGUGCCUUCGGUACUUCCUAUGCCAGCUCGUUGUGACAUGAACACGUAUAGAAAACAAGUUCAACAUGCAGAACAUUGCAUUAGGGAGAGGAGUAAACGCGCUGAAGGAAAAUGGUGCAUGGAAAAAUGGCAAGCUAGUGCUGCUGGCACUGUAACAACUAGGGUAUUAGCUGCUUUGGACGCACUAGAUCGACAUCGUUUUGAUAAAAUGGACUCGACUAAUUCCUUAGAUACAUUAUAUAUUAAAGUUUUUAUGGGGUCAGGUGAUCAAGAAAACGCUAUUGUUAAGUUAUUAUGUGAAUGGGCUGUAUCACCGGAAAGAACUGGUGAACACAGAGCUUUAGCUGUUGCAGCUUUAUUAGAUAGGAGACAAUCUGAUGUAAAUCCCUCUGAAAAUCAAGACACUACUCAGGGCGAUGACAAAGACAGCAAUAGUUCGGUUCCUGGUGGCCCUCCAAUGUUUCAGUCGCUGCUAAUGAAAUUUUUGGAUACAGAUGCACCUCUACCGAGUCCAGAGGAUUGCGCUCAAAAAAAAACUGCUUUCUCAAACUUAGUGCAUCUGUUCUCUGAAUUGAUACGAAGAGAUGUAUUUUCCCAUGAUGCUUACAUGUGCACUCUGAUAUCUAGAGGAGAUUUAAUAGGGCACGAAGAAAACUCAGAAAGUAUGACUAAUACCUAUAACAAAAUGGAGCCUAUGGACUAUGAUGACGCUGAUGUCGAUCAUGACUUAGACAAACUUCUUCAAAAUAUCAAAGAGGAUCAACAGAACUCUAUGGAUGUUCCUGAUAGUCCUAAAGAUCAUGAUCAGGGCCAUCAUUCUCAUAUUCCUAAUAUGGGUCAUGUUCCUAUAGAAAAUUGUCAUGGUGAUCAUAAGAUUAAACCAUCGCGUCAUUUUCUCUACACGACGCAUUUUCCUCUUAGUCAAGAUGACCCAUUCAGCCAACAUGACUGCAAUCAACGUCAUGUACUUCUUUACGGCGUUGGAAAAGUUAGAGACGAAGCUAGACACACUGUAAAGAAAAUGUCCAAAGAAAUAUGUAAACUAUUUUCGAAAAAGUUUAGUGUUGAUGUGGCUGAAGGUGGCAAGGUGAAGAAACAUUCUAGAAAUGAAUUUAACUUCGAAGCUACCACACAAAAAUGUCAGAGUUUAAGUUAUUUUGAUCAGCAUGUGGUCACUUGGCAAUGCAGUGUUACAGUUAUAGAAAUGCUGAAUUCGUUUGCCACUGGAAAUUCAAACUAUUUGCCCGUGCAAGAGCAUGUAGCUUUUUUAUUUGACCUCAUGGAAUUAGCUUUAAAUAUAUAUGGAUUGAUUGAUGUUUGUAUUCAAAUUUUAAAGGAGCUUCCAGAAGUCGAAAAUCAGUUAUAUAAUAAAAACUCUGUUUUAAGCAGAAAUUACACAACAGGGUUAAGUCUAUACGUCGUUGGUGUUCUGAGGCGGUACCAUUGCUGUUUAUUACUAUCACCAGAACAAACAUCUGCUGUUUUUGAAGGCCUGUGUAAAGUGGUAAAGCACGUUAGUAACCCCGGCGAUUGUAGUUCGGCCGAACGUUGUAUACUUGCUCAUUUAUAUGAUCUGUAUUCAUCGUGUAACCUCCUUAAAUCUAAACCCUAUACUGUGGAACCGUUUGGAAACGCAUAUCCAAAGAUUAAACAAGCGCUAUAUAGCGGUUUAGUAUUGCAGCCUACGAGUAACGCUUACGUUUAUAAUCCUCAGUUUAUGCAAGAACUUUUAAAAAAUCCAAGGAGGGUCGGCAGAAUAGAAGCAUCUUGGACCAAACAAUUAAAUGAAAGUGGGAAUAAUAGGUAUUCCUUUGUUUGUAAUGCUAUGAUCCGAGUAUGCUGUAAGGAUCCAGACAACGAUCGUCUCAACGACAAUGAGAGACUCAACGAUCUGGCUAUUCUCUGUGCCGAAAUGACAGCCUGUUGUAAUUCCCUCGCAUCUGAAUGGCUAGGAGUCCUGUUAGGUUUGUGUAGCCCAAAAUCCCCACCAGAGUAUUACACAGACGUUUUAAACGAGGUUAAAAUUGAGGACGUUACUAUUCAUAAUUCUUUAGCUGUUUUUAUUUGUAUAUUAAUUGCCAGACAUUGCUUCUCUCUGGAAGAUUUUGUUCGAACGGUUGCGUUACCUAGUCUGUUAAAAGUUAAAUCUUUGGAGUCUUCAAGCGGUUUGACAGAGGCGGGCAUGCGUUUGACUUGUCAUUUGCUCCUGAGGCUGUUUCGAACGGCCGAAGGUCCCCAGCCGGGGUUAUAUUCCGUAGGGUCUCCGCCCUUAACACCACCAAGGCUACCUCUUGGUGUGCGGUUAAGUUGUGAUCGACAUUUAUUGGCAGCUGCCCAUAGAAAUAUAGAUGUUGGACCAGUCUUAGCAGUAUUAAAAGCUGUGUUAAUAGUGGGUGAUGCAACGGCUAAAGAAGCCGAAAUAAGUCUGUCAAAUAUUUUGGGCACAAGCGACAGCGGUGUCGAUGGACCAAAUUUGGAUUUGCCGGUAAACCUGGACGUAUGCAGCGCACGGACAGCACAUAGACAAAUCAGUACCGGUAAUCCCGAAGCUACAGCUUCUCUUUCGGCGUUUGCCAAUCACGUAUUAAGAGAAAUUUGUUCGCAACAGUGGGUGCUUGACAGGUGUUUAUGUCAUCCGGAAAAAUUAUGCGACAGCGAUAAUCUAUUAGACGACCUUUUGACGCACUCGCAGGCUCAAAGACUUUUGCACAUGAUUUGUUAUCCAGAAGUCGCGGCAACUAUUGACUCACUGGAUCAGAAAAGCAUGAUUAGCAGAAUACUAGAGAAUCUUGAACUUUGGACAUUGCGUAUGUCAUGGCUGGACCUGCAACUUAUGUUCAAGCAAUACAGUGCAAACACUCCCGAACUUUCACAAUGGCUGGAUAUUGUGGCAAAGGCUGCUAUCGAUGUUUUCCAGUUGAACGCUCCAUUAGUUACCAGCCCUAGGGGUGAGGACUCUAAGAAAUCCGAAGCUAGGAAUAAAAACAGCUCUAUAUGGCUUGUCGCGCCUCUAGUGUCAAAACUUCCAAGUGCGAUACAAGGACGAGUUUUAAAAGUGGCUGGGCAGGUUCUCGAAAGCGGUGGGUGGCAUUGUAAAGAACAAAAACCAGUAUUAAAAUCGCGGAGCACCGGCGACCCGCAAAGUUUGUUAACGCAUCAGCCCUUUUUGAGUCUAGUUUUGACGUGUCUUAAAGGACAAGAAGAAGGCCAGAAAGAAGGGUUAUUAUCGUCAUUGCACCAACAGUUAACACAAUUGGUUCAGCAAGCCAAGGAGGGAAGUUUACAAGACACAUGUCAUAGUGACAGGACACUGGAUGGAUUACAGUUAAGAUUUGCUUUAGUCGGCGGUGUAUUUGAGGCAUUUCAGAGAAAUAGCUCUGCAACUACAGAUUGGGCUUUACUAUUGGUUCAAUUAGUUACUCAUGGCAUUAUAGAUCUACACACAAACAGUAAACUAUUUACAACAAUUGUAGAUAUGUUAGCUACUUUGAUACAUUCUGCUUUGGCCACAGAUACACAGGACGAUGGCAAGAAAAUGCACCAAAAUCUUAUGAAAAAGAUUAAAAAAGAAAUAGGGGAGAGACAAAACGCGUCCAUCCAACAUAUUAAACAGCUUUUACCGUUGCCCAGAAUAACUACAGAAAUUAUAGCUGUUGAACCAGCCGGAUUGACUGAUAGCAAAGGAAAUAAAAUAAGCUUUGACAACCUCGAUCGAAAGCACGAUUUAAAGAUCGUUGACAAACAGAGAGUAGGUAGCUGGGACAUUUUGGAGGGAAUGAAGAACCCUCCGCCCCUUUCGUGGGCCUGGUUUGGCGCGGUCAGAAUCGAAAGGAAACCGCUGACAGGCGAAGAUACGCACCGAAUCCUAAAAUUCCACACGCACAACCUACAGAAACCGGCCAGUCACUACUUGGACGCUCCUCCUCUACCGCCCGAAGAUCUGGAACCUAUUCCCGACAAACCGUGCUCUACGUUUCAGGCCGACACGCCCACAUCGGUGGACCAGAGUCCUGCUGCUCUAGGCAAAGGCAGGGGGAAGGGACAGAGGAAAAGAAAGCAGAAACCGGGACCGAUGCACGUCAACCCGAUGACGAUGGGUCAGAAUCCUUUGGCUCAAACCACCCCCGGUAUGGGCAUGGGAAUGACGGGAAACAAUCCCCAGAUGACGCACGCUAUGAGCGGAUAUGGUCAGAAUACAGGUAUGCAACAAAAUCAACAGUAUGCAGGAAAUCCGGCACAACAAUGGUAUGGACCAAAUCCCAAUCCGCAACAAAAUUAUGGCUAUCCCGGUAUGGCGGUUAAUCGAUUUGAUCGUCCACAACUCAACAACACCUCCAAACAGGCUCUCUCCAACAUGUUACGUCAAAGACAUCCACCCAACAACUAUAUGCCUGGAAUGCCUAGUAAUCAAGUGGUCCAAACACCUCCAAACGCUUCUUAUGGACAAAUACAGAGGUUUCCUCGUCAAGGUUUGAGGCAACAACAUCCUGGGGCGAUGCAGCCGAAUCAAAGUAUGUUUGCAAAUCAGUAUGGAAAUAUGCAAGGUGGAAUGGGCAACCAGUAUGGCAACUUCGGCGGUAACACGCAAAUAAUGCAAGGAAACAUACAAAAUAAUCAAAUGAUACAAGCUCCACAAGGAAAUAUGUUUGCUGGUCAGCAACAAGGGUUUGGCCAGCCCAGGCCUACCCAACCUGAUUUUCGACAAAUGACAGCCAACCCUAGGGCCCCAUAUAUGCAACAAGCGCCUAACGUCACUAUGAACACUAACAUGGGAGCAAUAGGUGGCAUGGGCAAUCAAGGUGGUCCCGCCCCUCCUUACUCCAGACCCGGACAAGUUAUGCAACCUGGAGUACAAAAUCAGCAAACUCAGUUCCAGCAACAACAGAGGAUGAGAAUGAUAGCCCUCCAACAACAGCAACAGCAGCAGCAACAACAACAACAGGGUGGACCUGGAGGCAACCAGCCUAGCCAUACUUUAGUAGCCCAUUUACAGAGGCAACAAAUGAACCCCAAUGCUUAUCAUCAACCUCCCCCUUAUAAUAUGUAAUCAAAAUUUGAAACAAAUAUUAAGUGAGAUUUAGUUUAUGUAUUAAAAAGAUCGAUUAAACAAAAAAACAUUUAUGGUAGAUUCAGAAUGUUAAGGACAUUAUAUCAAAUUUUCUUCUUAUCGGUUGUGUGAUAUUAAAUUUGCAUAAGUAUGCAAGAAAUAUUUUAAUCAAAUUAUUAUUUUAAGAAUAAAAUGUGUGCUUCAUAAAUCAAUUUUUUGUGAUUUUCAAUAUUAAAUUAUAUUUUAAAUAUAUUAAUUGCACUUUUUAUAGUUGCUGAAUUUUUAAUUAUUGUGUAUAUAUAUUUAGCAAUUAAACUUUAUACUACAGUA